GUUGGUGUUUAAGCUAGAAGGAUCAGUUUUUUUUUUUAUUGAAGAAAUGGUUCUUGAUGGGAUUGUGUCAUCACCACUACGUAGGCCGCAUGCGCUAAAGAAGCAAUGGGAGGAUUUGGGUAGCUUCUCCACUGUUUUCAGGAGGCAUCGCUUCCUUUUAACAGCUAUGCUCCUUUUGGCCUUCCUCUGCACCAUCUACAUCUACUUUGCCGUCACGUUAGGCGCUAGGCACUUGUCGUGUUCUGAUAUGACCGGGAAAGAGAAGGCGAUCUGUCAAAUGGAACACGUCCAUGCCAGUUUCUCUAAAGGGAGGAAACUGAAAUUCUUUUGAAGAGUGUCAGCCAAAGCUGAUGCGCAUUAUAAUGCAAUGUGUGUGUGUAACAACAAUAGCCUAAAGAAAUGGCUUAUGUUUAACCAUAAAUGUAAAACUUUUUGUAUUGUAUUAUUUGAUUGUGUCCCAAGAUGAUUCCACAAAAACAUUGUAUAAAUGAAUCUUUGUAAUGGAAUGUAAUACUGAAAAGAUUAUCACACAAUUAAAACAAACAUUUUGGUA